CAAUCCCCACAAUGCACCGCGACAGCCCGCAGCGAAGCGAGGAAAGUACGUUGCUGUCCCAAAAUGCGCUCUACUUUCGUUUUCGCUUUUUAUGCUGAGUAACUCCGAGCGCUUUCCGUGUUCUGCAAGGCGUCGAGUUACACGGUGAAAAACGCGUAUUUCCCCCUUUUCUCAGCCGCUUCUGCCGAAGCUCAAAUCUUUCCAGACGCCUGUUAAUAAUAAUAAUUAAAAAAAGUUGUCGUCUAAAGAGCGGACAUGUCUUCUCCGGGUAUUCAGCUCGAGUCGAAGAAACAGGUGGAUGACUUCUGCCAAAAGCUCUCCAAGGAGGCAGAGCAGCUGCUGUCUAAGUUUUUCCCUGAGAAGAUUGAACAGCUGCAGAUGCUCCUGAAGACAUCUUUCAGCUGCGACGACCUGGCGUCCCUGAAGGCCCCGCUGGACAUCCCCAUACCGGAUCCUGCCAAAGAGGAGGCCAAACGCAAGAAGAAGGAGGAGAAGGAGGCGAAGGAGGGGAAGGAAGGGAAGAAGGACAAAGACGGCGAUAAAGAGGAGGAGGAUUCAGGGCCUCCUUGUGGUCCCAUCUGCAGCAACGAGAGAGUGGAGAGUCUUUUGAACGAGGUCAAACCUGAGAUCCAGACUCUGAAGGAGAAGCUCAACACAGUGUCCAUGUGGGUGCAGCUGCAGAUUCCUAGGAUCGAAGAUGGUAACAACUUUGGAGUGGCUGUACAGGAGAAGGUGUUUGAGCUGCUGACCAACACGCGCACCAAGAUCGAAGCAUUCCAGACUCAGAUUUCAAAGUAUUACAGCGAGAGAGGCGACGCUGUGGCCAAGGCCUCCAAACAACCCCACGUGGGAGACUACAGACAGCUGGUUCACGAACUGGACCUGUACCAGUACAACGAGCUGCGUCUGGUGGUCCUGGACAUCCGCAACACAUACGCGGUGCUGUUUGACAUCAUUAACAAGAACUAUGACAAGAUUAAAAAGCCCAGAGGAGACGGGAAAGCUCUCAUCUACUGAGACCGCCGACAGGCUCUUUUGUCGUUUUUGUUUUUUUUUAAAGCAAAUUACUGCUACUGUUGUGUAACACUGAUUAAGUUCCCAAACCGCUGUCCUGACAGAAAUGAUCUCCUUUUCUCUCGCAGUGCUGCAUGCAUUUUGUCUCAGAUUGCAAAAAUAAAGCAACUGGAUUCUUA